UAUAUUUCCUCAUCGUUUUUCUUCUCUCUCUUGCUUCCUGAGCUCAAAGAGAGAAAUCAAGAAAAAGAAUUAACCUUUUCAUGCCCAAGAAAGGUUUCUUGAAUUGGUGCCUUCUUCAAUACAUCUCGAUAAUACUGAAAAAGGGCUGUUCUUGAUCAAAGGAAUAGCCUCUAUUUAAUUUUUUGCCCAAAAUUUUGACUUGAACUAAAAGUUUUUGGGAUGAGGGUUUUAUUUCUUCUAUUGAUCAGUCCUUUUUCCCUAUUCAAUAUAAUCCCCAAAUAAAGCUGAACUGUCUAUUUCUUUAGAUUCAUUUACAGAAUUCUUCCAGUCUGUCUAUAUUGAUUCCGUUCCCAAUACCCAAAAAAGAGGAAAAUUUAAGGUACCCACUACUAUUAGUCUGGUCUUUUUCCAUCUUUUCUGCUCUUUUCAGAUUUCUGAUUUUCAUUUUAUCUGUCCUUUUUGCUCCCUUUCUUUCUUACUUUCUUUCUGUCUUUCUUUGUCAAUGAUGCAAUUUACUGAAACUCCACCACCUCCUUUGCACCAAAUCUCUACAAUGAACAAAAAUCAAACCCAAAGAGCUCGUCCAUGGCCAGCUGGUUUCCCUUCUUCCAAAUCUUUAAGCAGUUUAGGAGACGCAAAUUGCAUGGAACAGCUUUUAGUUCAUUGCGCAAACGCAAUUCAAAGCAAUGAUGCUACUUUAGCUCAACAAAUUCUAUGGGUCUUAAACAACAUUGCUUCUCCUGAAGGUGACUCUAAUCAAAGGCUCACUUGUGCUUUCCUUAAAGCUCUUAUUGCACGUGCUGCUAAAAGUGGUACUUGUAAACUUCUUGCUGCUAUGGCUAAUGCUCAUUGCAAUAAUCUUUCUAUAAAUACCCAUAAAUUUUCUGUUAUUGAACUUGCUGGUUUUGUUGAUUUAACUCCAUGGCAUCGUUUCGGUUUCACUGCUGCUAAUGCUGCUAUUUUAGAAGCUAUUGAAGGGUUUUCAGUUGUUCAUAUUGUAGAUUUAAGCUUAACUCAUUGCAUGCAAAUCCCUACUCUUAUCGAUGCUAUUUCUAGUCGUUUCGAGGUUACUCCAUUGAUAAAGCUUACUGUUGUUAGUCCUAUUGAUGAAGAUAUUAUAUUUCCUCCUAUGCUUGAUCUUUCUUAUCAAGAGUUAGGCUCUAAGUUGAUAAAUUUCGCUAGGUCCCGAAACGUAAUUUUGGAAUUUCGAGUUGUUCCUUCGAGUUAUUCUGAUGGAUUUUCUACUUUAAUCGAACAGCUUCGAGUAAUGCAGAAUUUGGUGUACGCAGAAAGUUAUAACGAAGCACUUGUUAUUAACUGUCAUAUGUUACUUCAUUACAUUCCCGAAGAAACCCUUUCUUCUGGUAUUAUUAUGAACAACUCUAAUAUUUACCCUUUCGACUCUACCUCAGCUUCUUCUUUUCGAACAAUGUUUCUUAAAUCACUUCGAAGUUUAGACCCAACAAUUGUUGUUUUAGUAGAUGAAGAUGCAGAUCUUACUUCGAAUAAUUUAGUUUGUAGAUUGAGGUCAGCUUUUAAUUAUUUAUGGAUUCCAUAUGAUACUGUGGACACUUUUCUUCCAAGAGGAAGUAAGCAAAGGCAAUGGUAUGAAGCUGAUAUUUGUUGGAAGAUUGAGAAUGUGAUAGCUUAUGAAGGGCUGCGAAGAGUAGAAAGGAUCGAGCCAAAGAACAAAUGGGUUCAAAGAAUGAGAAAUGCAAAUUUUACAAGUGUUUCUUUUGGAGAAGAUGCAGUUUCUGAAGUUAAAACGAUGCUUGCUGAACAUGCAGCAGGUUGGGGAUUAAAGAAAGAAGAAGAAGACCUUGUACUUACUUGGAAAGGACAUAAUGUAGUAUUUGCUACUGCUUGGCUUUCUGCUUAAUUAUCUUUUUAUUCAACUUUUUCUUAUUUUAAUUCUUUUGGGUUUAUUAGUUAAUUUCCAACUUAAUUUGGCAACCGUUAUUGAGAUUUCA